AUGUCGACCGGCCGCCACAUCGGCACGCUCAUCGUCGUCGUCCUCAAAGCGAGGAACCUCCCAAACAAGCGUCACAUCGGAAAGCAAGACCCGUACUGCCAGGUCCUCUUCAACGGCGAGCGGAGGCGCACCAAGGCAAUCAAGCGCGGCGGCCAGCACCCUGAAUGGGACGAGGAAAUCCGCUUCGAGCUCUUUGAAGAUGUCGACUCGGACCUGCCGCACGUCCCAGGGUCAGAGACCCCGCCGCCGCCUCCGCCCAAGGCGAACGGCAAGCCCCCCAAGGUCCAAGGUGGCAACUUCAUGAACAUCGCCUGCUUCGCUGAAGAUCCCCGUGACCCGGACCUGAUCGGAGAAGCGAAGGUGGAUUUGACGGAGGUGCUCACCAAGGGCGAGACCGAUGAAUGGUUCACUGUGAUGAACAAAGACAAGUACUGCGGGGAGGUGUACCUCGAGCUUACGCUGUGGUUUGAUGAGCCUCCUCCGGUCAAAAAAGCGACCGCUAAGCCUCCGAACAACGCCCAGUACGGAGGAAGCGGGACGUUUGUGCCUCUAGGAGAAUCCGGGUCGGCCGGCUCUUCUUAUACGGACCUUUCGCGCAUGACGAGUUCAGCAAGUACGAGUACGACGGGGAGCCGUGACACCUUACCUCCGUCGCUACGGUCAGCAUCCUCCCAACUCAACGUCUACCAUGCGCCGUACGAAAGUGUCAGAUCGCACAAUUCAUCUAUCGAUGGGAUCACGAACGAGUUUGCGGAGCUGCAGGUGCAGCCGGGUGGACAUCGGAGGCAAAGCAUGCCGGCGCAAAUGGGGAGCUACUUGCCCCGGCCUGCUUCGGCGAUGAGUGCGUAUGAUCAGUACGACCAACAACAGUACGACCAACAGCAGUACGAUCAACAGCAGUACGACCAGCAGCAGUACGACUAUGGGGCUGACCAGCAACAGCCUUACGCCAACGAUAAUGUCCAUUUGCCCGACCCAUACCAACCUGCGUACGAGCAAAGAGCGCCUCCCGCCCCAUCUAGCUUCUCUGCGCACGGGGGUCGACCUCGGUACAGCCUGCCCCCUACUUCGUCUGGGUUCAUGCCAUUGGUUCCUCAACCUUCAGGGUUCAUUCCUUUGAACUCUCAACCGCCGGCACCCUCGGGUUUCCUCCCUCCCCCGUCUGUGACGCCAGCCCCUGGAGGGUACAGUGGAGCAGUUGCUGCAAGUCGGAUACCGUCAUCUAGCUUUUCCACCAUGCCAUCCGCCCAGACUGCUCCCUCUGGCUUCGCUGCGUCACAUCCGCCGAUGCAUUCGUCUACAUACCCUCCCCCGGCAGGACAGCCCUCGUCUAUGUACUACAGCCAACCUCCAUCUGCGAAUGCUCCUCCCGCGAGCCCCUACCCUGGUCAACCGCCUGCACCUGGCUCGUACUCCCCGAACGGCUCAUACCACCAACCACCGCCAGCAUCUUCUUACCCUCCGGGUACCCCUCCGACCACAUACCCACCUAACUUAUCCUAUCAGCAACCUCCACUUCAGCCCGCAUCGGCACCUUCGCAUUCGUACCCACCGCUACCCGCCCCACCUUUACACCAAUCUCUCUCUGCACCUCCCGAGCAGCCUUCAUACGGACAUGUGUCUCCCUCACCUUCCCAUGACAAUAUUCCUCCACCUCCUCCCCUGACGGACAGUCCGCCUAGCUCGCAGGCAGUCGUCGCUACCCAUCCCGCCAACUACUCUGGGUACUACAACGGCAACGUGCCGCAGUCGUCCUUCCCAACCGCGAUGCCGUACCAGCAGAUCCCGCCACCCCCGCCGCUGCCUGGACAAGCUGUACCGCCGCCCAUGCAAUCGUCUUUCUCUAACGGCUCGCUGCCCGUCCCGGGUCCUCCGCCUCCUUUACCCCCUUCUUCGUCAUUUGGCCAGCCCGCCCCACAGCCCCCGAAGCGCCGGCCAAGUCUUCCACCUCCGCCCGUAGGCAGUGGGUACGCCCUCCAGGCCUCAGGUUUCCAGCAGCUCCCGCCGCCUCCACCGCCGCCGAGCAUGCCUUCGCACAUGCAGUAUGAGCCACAGGGCUCGUACUCUCCCACUCACAACGGGCAGGCAUACUACCCUGGUCCGCCGCCCAGGCCACCACAGUAUCUACCAACUCCAGGUGUUCAGCACGAGUAUCAGUACAGCCAGUGA